AUGCCCUCCUUCUCCGACUACCCCACGGCCACCACCACAGCCACCGCGACCGCCACUCAACCCCGUUCCUUCGAUUCGCCUCGCAAGUCGCACGAGAAAAGCUCUGUUGGUAACACCUUCCUUUGGACCAACUGGCCCAACGGCGACGCUCCCCACGACGCUCACCCUCCGAAUCAGAAUGGGCAAUUGCUCCCCGAUCUGAAGAACGGCAGCGCAUACUCCCUGAAUGGCCCCCGUUCUAGCGUCAGCUCCUAUACGCGCGACCCGCCGCUCUCCAAGGACGGCAGCAUGCACUCCCUCGGCAAUGGCUCCGCCAGGGAAUCCCGGGACACCGGCCGUCCAUCGGCCAUGCUGGACCGCAAACCAUCCGACGCGGGUCCUGGAGCGGGCUCCGCGGCUGCGUCGGUGUCCAGCCAACAACUCAAUGGCACGACCGCCUUCAACCUCCGUCCCGCCCAGGGGAAGCCCAUGGUCAAUGGUGAUCAUCCAUGGCCCUCUGUUGAUGAACGCUCCGUCUCUGAUCGAGCCGCCAGCCCAUCCAACUCCUCACUACAGGUCCCCAAUUCGGAUGAUGCAGGUCGUCACUCCACAGACCCGGAUCGACUAGCCCCGAGAGCCGGCCAGCACCGGUACUCCUCCCCGCCCGCGCCCUCCAUGAACGACGCCAGCUCCCUCCAGGAAUCGCAACCGUCGAGCAUGCGACAUCGACACUCAUUACAGGUGCCGCGAGCCCCCAGCGUCCGACGAAACAGCCGCGAUCAAGGUGAAGAUACUGCCCUGAUUCGACGCGCCACGAAGACAACGCAGUCAGAUGGGAAUCUAGAUGAGGCCCAGACGGACGAGGAUGCCGCGCGCUGGGCGGAAGCCAUUAAACAGAAGCGAGCGUCGCGCCGGCGGCGCGAGGACGACGAUGAUGAGCGGGUGAUUGUGGGCACCAAGGUCGACCAGAACCACGUCAACUAUGUCACAGCGUACAACAUGUUGACCGGAAUUCGGUUUACGGUUUCUCGAAUCAACGCGAAGAUGGACCGAGAAUUGACCCCGGCCGACUUUGAAGCCAAACACAAGUUCUCCUUCGAUAUUACCGGAAAUGAAUUGAUCCCCUCAGCCAAGUACGACUUCAAGUUCAAAGACUACGCGCCUUGGGUCUUCCGUCAUCUCCGCGCCAAGUUCCGCCUCGAUCCCGCCGAUUACCUGAUGUCUCUCACCAGCAAGUAUAUUCUAUCUGAAUUGGGCUCUCCCGGCAAGAGUGGUAGCUUCUUCUACUUCUCGCGUGACUACAAAUACAUCAUCAAGACCAUCCACCAUGCCGAGCACAAGCUCCUCCGCAAGAUUCUGCCCGAGUACUAUCGACACGUGGAGAAGAACCCCAACACCCUAAUUUCGCAAUUCUACGGCCUGCACCGCGUGAAGAUGGCAUAUGGUCGCAAGAUCCACUUUGUCGUGAUGAACAACCUGUUCCCGCCCCAUCGCGAUAUCCACCAAACAUUCGACCUGAAGGGCUCGACCAUUGGCCGAGACCUGCAAGAGUCGGACCUGGAGCGGAACCCGCGAGCCACCAUGAAAGAUCUGAACUGGGUUCGACGGAAUCGUUACUUGCAAUGCGGCCCCGCGAAGCGAGACUUCUUCGUCGAACAGCUAAAACGGGACGUGGAGCUAUUGAAAAAGCUCAAGAUAAUGGACUACUCUCUGCUGGUCGGAAUACACGAUGUUGAACGGGGCAACGAGGAAAAACUACGAGACAAGACGUUGCAGGUCUUCCAGCCAGGGGGUGACCAUCAAAAUGAUAAGAACCCGAACAUGCUCAUGCGCACGCCCUCAAAAUUGGAAAACGAACGCAAGGCGCGUGAACUUCGCAUGCUGAUCAAGCGUGAGCGCCCUGUCCCCUUGGACCAGGCAGCCGCCAAGAUGCCAGAGGAAAUCCUCGACGAACGCCAGUAUCACGUCUUUUACGCGGAUGACGGAGGAUUCCGCGCUACGCAUGAGAACGGCCAACCGGGCGAAGAGAUCUACUAUCUUGGAAUUAUCGACUGUUUGACCCACUAUGGAAUGGUGAAGAAGAUCGAGAAUUUCUUCAAGGGACUCUCAAGCGACAGAACUCAGAUCUCGCCCAUCCCGCCAGAGGGCUAUGGCGAUCGAUUCAUUAGCUUCGUGAAAGGAAUCACCAUGUCUCGAGAAGAAGCAGAGCGAAGACGGGAAUCCCGCGCCUCGACGCGCCCAUCCGGCGAGGGCGGAAAGAGGAAUUCCCGCUCCUCGUCCGUCGAGCGACAGAUGCACGCUGCGGAGAAGGAGGCGGCGAAGGAUGUCUCGGUGACGCAUCCUCGCACCCUGGCGACGGUCUGGGAUCCUGCCGAUGCAGCGGGUCCAGGCCCAACGUCCACUCUUCCAAUUGUGGAUGAAGCAGGCGAGGCAAGCAGUGUCGGUGGCCAUAGCCAGCAUAGCCGGAAUGGACCACCGGUCGCUGAAAAAGACCUCCCGCCUGUCCCUCGUGACGAGUCACCUGGUAAAGGCAAGGGGUUUGACCGUGCGGAUCAACUGCUUGCCAGUCCACGCCGGCAGUAG